GAUACGGAGUCAAUUCGCCGGCGCCAAGUCCUCGCGACGAAUUUUUUCUCACUUUUGUCACCGCCGGUAUCCCUGGUAGACGUCACUCAUCAUGCCACCAAAGUUCGACCCAACUGAGAUUAAGAUCGUGUACCUCCGUUGCGUCGGAGGAGAAGUCGGAGCCACCUCCGCUCUUGCCCCAAAGGUCGGACCACUUGGAUUGUCUCCAAAGAAGAUCGGAGAAGACAUCGCCAAGGCCACCCAAGACUGGAAGGGUCUUAAGGUCACCUGCAAAUUGACCAUCCAGAACCGUGUUGCCAAGAUCGACGUUGUCCCAUCUGCUGCUUCCCUCAUCGUCAAGGAGCUCAAGGAGCCACCACGUGACCGCAAGAAGGUCAAGAACGUGAAGCACAAUGGAGACCUCACUGUUGACACCAUCAUCAAGAUCGCCAGAAUCAUGAGACCAAGAUCGAUGGCCAAGAAACUUGAAGGAACCGUCAAGGAGAUCCUUGGAACAGCCCAAUCCGUUGGAUGCACAAUUGAUGGACAACACCCACACGACAUCAUCGAGUCGAUCGCCAAUGGAGAGAUCGAGAUCCCAGCUCAAUGAUCUGUCACUUGUUUUUGUUGUUCCAAUAAAUUCUUGUUACUAUCUGCGUGUAUUUUGAUAAAUAUCUCAAUAAAUCAUGCAAGACGUCUAAU